AUGGAUACAUUAUGCGACCUAUGUCGAACAAAUGCAUCAGUACCUAUACUUAUUUGCUGUAGCAUGCAAGGAACUGCAUUAGCGAAUGCAAAAAUAUUGAGGACGCAAAAUUUAGCAGUAGUUACUCUGACUAGUGAAAUGUCAUCGCAAGACAUUCGUGUAGCUAUAGACACAUUCCAAACCGGUCAAGUGCAUAUUAUGAUAACAACAGGAUAUGUCCGUGGUUUGAUAGAUCUGAAGACACCUAUGAUUAUCAUCAAUUAUGAUUUACCGAAACCCGAUGCAUAUGCUCGAAGGAUUAAUUUCACGGGUGAAUCAUGGAUUGCGAAGCGUACUGUCUUCAUAUCAUUGGUUAAAAUGACUGAAAGAAACAAAGUAAUGCAGUUGAAAAGAAAACUUGGCUUACGAUGGAUCUUGCUGUAUCCGGAAUGA